GGGGGCGGCCGGAAUCGAUGUGGGAAACAUUUUCCCAAAGACUUUUAUUGGAAAAGAUGAGGAUUCACCAGGAAAAAUGAUAAACGGUGCGCAAGUAGUAGAUGAAAGCUCAGAGGACCUUUUUCCCGCCACACAAACGUCCAGUAUCGUCGCUUUUGUUGCGAUUUUCAUCGGAAUCGCUCUCCUUGUCGUCCAAUUUCGAAGUGCAAUCACGCUCGUCCGCACGGUCAGACGGAAAGCGCAAGUCCGCCGAUUGCAAUUUCUCGCAAAGGUCUUUCACGGAUUCGCGGAGUGCGAGCGCGGCGGCUCAGUGGUGCUGCGUGCUUUCAACUACGCGGACAAGUUUGCAACGGAAACUUUUCAGGCCUUGCGGGAAGCCGGGAAUGCGCAAUUUCUCACGAUUGCCAGCGCGUGGUGGCUCGGCGCGAGGUUUGCGGUUUUGCAAUUUCUCUGUCACGUUGUGGUCCAUUUGUACCCUGGGUUGCAAUUGUUGGCGAUGAAGAACGGGGUGACAAACUUUGUGCACGUCAACGAUGGCACGUACGCACUCUUGUCCCUGGCGGUGAUUGGAAGCAUCGAAGUUUUGCGCGACUCAACGCAAAAAGGAAUGGAACUGGAAUCGCAAUUGAUCAGUGUGGAGCGAUUGCGCCAACUGACGGAGGAAGCAAGCCAAGCACGAGCAGGGAGUAAGAGCAGGUCUGAAGUUAUGUCUACUACGAAGAGGGACGCUGCUUUUGCGGAACUACAGGGAGAACAAGAUAGCCUAUCGAGCUCGUCACUUGACGAAGAUAAAAUACUUUCGCCCGCCGGCGGCCUCGAUUUGCUGCCUCCAGAUGGAAAUCUGACAACAUCACAUGAAGGCGACAUUCUUGUGCAGCUGAAGAAAGUCACGGUGCGCUACCAACAAGAAAUUACCACAGGGCGAGAAUUCUCAUCUACGGACGCGGCCGGAGGAAGGGCGUCCGAUGGUUUUGGAAGCAACCUAUCAAGACCCGCUUUGGACAACCUCUCGUUGAAGAUUCGCCGAGGAGAAAAGAUUUUAGUCACGGGACGCACCGGGAGCGGGAAGACGACGUUUCUGCUUUUACUGCUCGGCCUGGUUCUGCCACAGCAGGGCGAAAUUCUGUACAAGAACACGAGCGCCAACCGCAUCCGCGCGCUGCCGCAAACGCCGGUCAUCCUGCGCGGUUCGGUGCAGUAUAACCUCAACAUAAAGAAGAAUCUCCCUGCGGACCGCGUGCAUGCUGUUUUGCGCGCCUUUUUUCAUCGAGAAAAAGAAAUUAGAGAAGAGGAAAAUGAAAACGAUCACAAAAGUUCACCCAGCGUCGAGCCGGGUGAUGAUGCAGAAGCAUUGUCCUAUUCGGAACAACAACUGCUGCAGGCGGCCAGAAUUGUUGCAGAGGGGGAGAAAUCAUUCAAGAACUCCGAAAUGGAAAACAACAAUGCGAAUUCAUCAAUCCAAAACGACGACAACAACCGGAAUUCAGAUUUCGACAUUCUUCUUCUUAACGAAAUCACGAACAACAUGACAACGGAGGAGACACGGAGAAUUUUUGAGAUUCUAUUCGAAAACUUCAAAACUAAAACCAUCAUUUGUGUGUCCCACCAAUUGGAACCUGGACUCAUUCACAAACAUUUUUCGCGACAUUUAUCAUUCCACAAUGGAAAACUCGAAUCUGAUGAAAGAACAUGCUGAGGACAUGAAAGAUAGGGUAGAAAAAUUCACAAAACAAAAAACGGUGGAUCUUGGCAUUGAC